CCGCCGCCUCGCCAGCCAGUGCAGCCGAGCCGGCGGUGCCUCCCGACUGCUGCGAGCUCACCCUGCGCGCCCUCCGACUCCGGCGCCUUCUCGGCGCACCGCGCUCCCCAGACUCCGCGCUCGUCGCUGCUUCCUCGCCGCCACUCCGGGCCUCUGCGCCCGUGUACACACAGGCUCCCUGCUGGGCGCAGACAGCUCCGCCAUGGGACUGGCCUGGGGACUUAGGGUCCUGUUCCUGUUGCCUCUGUGUGGCUGCAACCGCAUUUCAGAGGCUGGGGGAGACAACGGCGUGUUUGACAUCUUUGAACUCACGGGAGCUGCCCGCAAGGGCUCUGGGCGCCGACUGGUGAAGGGUCCUGACCCUUCCAGCCCAGCCUUCCGCAUCGAGGAUGCCAACCUGAUCCCCCCUGUGCCUGAUGACAAGUUCCAAGACCUGGUGGAUGCUGUGCGGGCAGAGAAAGGUUUCCUCCUCCUGGCCUCCCUGAGACAGAUGAAGAAGACCCGAGGCACACUGCUGGCAGUGGAGCGGAAAGACCACUCUGGCCAGGUCUUCAGUGUGGUCUCCAAUGGCAAAGCCGGCACCCUGGACCUGAGCCUGACCAUGCAGGGAAAGCAGCACGUGGUGUCGGUGGAAGAGGCGCACCUGGCCACCGGCCAGUGGAAGACCAUCACGCUGUUCAUGCAGGAGGACAGGGCCCAGCUGUACAUCGACUGUGAGAAGAUGGAGAAUGCUGAGCUGGACAUCCCCAUCCAAAGCAUCUUCACCCGGGACCUGGCCAGUGUCGCCAGGCUCCGCAUCGCAAAAGGAGGUGUCAAUGACAAUUUCCAGGGGGUGCUGCAGAAUGUGAGGUUUGUCUUCGGAACCACACCAGAAGACAUCCUCAGGAACAGAGGCUGCUCCAGCUCCACCAACGUCCUCCUCACCCUUGACAACAACGUGGUGAAUGGCUCCAGCCCUGCCAUCCGCACUAACUACAUCGGCCAUAAGACAAAGGACCUGCAGACCAUCUGCGGCAUCUCUUGCGAUGAGCUGUCCAGCAUGGUCCUGGAGCUCAGGGGCCUGCGCACCAUCGUGACCACGCUUCAGGACAGCAUCCGCAAAGUGACCGAAGAGAACAAAGAGUUGGCCAACGAGCUGAGGCGGCCCCCGCUCUGCUACCACAACGGAGUCCAGUACAGGAACCACGAGGAGUGGACCGUCGACAGCUGCACGGAGUGCCGCUGCCAGAACUCAGUUACCAUCUGCAAAAAGGUGUCCUGCCCCAUCAUGCCCUGCUCCAACGCCACAGUCCCUGAUGGAGAGUGCUGCCCCCGGUGUUGGCCCAGCGACUCCGCGGACGAUGGCUGGUCCCCCUGGUCCGAGUGGACCUCCUGCUCCGCAACGUGCGGCAACGGGAUCCAGCAGCGCGGCCGCUCCUGCGACAGCCUCAACAGCCGAUGCGAGGGCUCCUCCGUCCAGACACGCACCUGCCACAUUCAGGAGUGUGAUAAGAGAUUCAAACAGGAUGGCGGCUGGAGCCACUGGUCCCCGUGGUCGUCUUGUUCUGUGACGUGCGGCGAGGGCGUGAUCACAAGGAUCCGGCUCUGCAACUCCCCGAGCCCCCAGAUGGACGGGAAACCGUGCGAAGGCGAAGCUCGGGAGACCAGGGCCUGCCAGAGGGACGCCUGCCCUGUCAAUGGAGGCUGGGGUCCCUGGUCACCGUGGGACAUCUGUUCCGUCACCUGUGGAGGAGGGGUACAGAAACGUAGUCGGCUCUGCAACAACCCCACCCCCCAGUUUGGAGGCAAGGACUGCGUUGGUGAAGUGGUGGAAAACCAGGUCUGCAACACCCAGGACUGUCCAAUCGAUGGGUGCCUGUCCAAUCCCUGCUUUGCCGGCACCAAGUGUACGAGCUACCCCGAUGGCAGCUGGAAAUGUGGAGCUUGUCCCCCUGGCUACAGCGGAAACGGCGUCCACUGCAAAGAUGUUGACGAGUGCAAACUCGUGCCUGACGCCUGCUUCAGCCACAACGGAGAGCACAGGUGUGAGAACACAGACCCUGGCUACAACUGCCUGCCCUGCCCGCCACGCUUCACGGGCCCGCAGCCCUUCGGCCGGGGCGUGGAGCACGCCAUGGCCCACAAACAGGUGUGCAAGCCCCGCAACCCGUGCACAGACGGGACACAUGACUGCAACAAAAACGCCAAGUGCAACUACCUGGGCCAUUACAGCGACCCCAUGUACCGCUGCGAGUGCAAGCCCGGCUACGCCGGCAACGGCGUCAUCUGCGAGGAGGACACCGACAUGGAUGGCUGGCCCAACGAGGACCUGGUGUGCGUGGCCAAUGCCACCUACCACUGCAAAAAGGACAACUGCCCCAACCUGCCCAACUCCGGGCAGGAGGACUACGACAAGGAUGGGAUCGGCGAUGCCUGUGACGAUGACGAUGACAACGACAAAAUUCCAGAUGAAAGGGACAACUGUCCGUUCCAUUACAACCCAGCGCAGUACGACUACGACAGAGAUGACGUGGGCGACCGCUGCGACAACUGCCCCUACAACCACAACCCAGACCAGGCCGACACGGACGGCAACGGGGAGGGGGACGCCUGCGCCGCGGACAUCGACGGGGAUGGUAUUCUCAAUGAACGAGACAACUGCCAGUAUGUCUACAAUGUGGACCAGAGGGACACCGACAUGGAUGGGGUCGGCGAUCAGUGUGACAACUGCCCUCUGGAACAUAAUCCAGAUCAGCUGGACUCCGACUCAGAUCGCAUCGGAGACACCUGCGACAACAACCAAGAUAUCGAUGAGGACGGCCACCAGAACAACCUGGACAACUGUCCCUAUGUGCCCAAUGCCAACCAGGCCGACCAUGACAAAGAUGGCAAGGGAGAUGCCUGUGACCACGACGAUGACAACGACGGCAUUCCCGAUGACAGGGACAACUGCAGACUUGUGCCCAACCCUGACCAGAAGGACUCCGAUGGUGACGGUCGAGGUGAUGCUUGCAAAGAUGAUUUUGACCAUGACAAUGUGCCAGACAUCGACGACAUCUGUCCUGAAAAUGUUGACAUCAGUGAGACUGACUUCCGCCGAUUCCAGAUGAUUCCUCUGGACCCCAAAGGGACAUCCCAAAAUGACCCUAACUGGGUGGUCCGCCAUCAGGGUAAAGAACUCGUCCAGACCGUCAACUGUGACCCUGGACUUGCUGUAGGUUAUGAUGAGUUUAAUGCCGUGGACUUCAGUGGCACCUUCUUCAUCAACACCGAAAGGGAUGACGACUACGCCGGGUUUGUGUUUGGCUACCAGUCCAGCAGCCGUUUCUAUGUCGUGAUGUGGAAGCAGAUCACCCAGUCCUACUGGGACACCAACCCCACACGGGCUCAGGGAUACUCAGGCCUUUCUGUGAAAGUCGUGAACUCCACCACGGGGCCCGGCGAACACCUGCGGAAUGCCCUGUGGCACACAGGAAACACCCCUGGCCAGGUGCGCACUCUGUGGCACGACCCUCGGCACAUAGGCUGGAAAGAUUUCACCGCCUACAGGUGGCGUCUCAGCCACAGGCCGAAGACUGGCUUCAUUCGGGUGGUGAUGUACGAAGGGAAGAAAAUCAUGGCAGACUCAGGACCCAUCUAUGACAAAACCUACGCCGGCGGCAGGCUAGGGCUGUUUGUCUUCUCUCAAGAAAUGGUGUUCUUCUCUGACCUGAAGUACGAGUGCAGAGAUUCCUAAUCUUCAAACUGUUGAUCAAAAGACUGAUCAUGACCGAUGCUGGUAUUGCACCUUCUGGAACUUUGGGCUUAAGAAAACCCCCGGGGCCACGCCUCCCUGCCUGCCCUUUUCCUCCGCUUGCGUCCGUGUGGACUCCGAAAACACGUGACUUGACUCAAGAAAAUGCGAUUUUCCGAAUCAGACUCAGCAUUCAGCCUCUGAAUGAAAAGAGAAUCUUCCAAGAAUAUAAACAGUUACUUUGGUUUGCUUUUGGAAAAAGCAGAAGCAUCCACCUGCUUCAGUUGGAAGGUGCUGAGUGCCCUUGUGAGGCCACCUCUGAGCAAUGGACUCAAAAGCGCUUUCAGGCAUGUGAGAGAAGGGAGGACUCUCGAGAAUUGGCAAACAAAACCACUGCUGUCCUACUCCCUCGGGAAUAGGGGGAGCAGGGGCCAAAGCCCUAAGUGGGGGCACAAACCCAAGAGAUGAUUGUAUGAGGAGAACAUGGAGGAACCGUUACACGUUCGGUACUAACCCAUUUUCAGGGGAUUGAAAGACUUGCUGGAUCUCAUGAUGCUGACUGGUGUUAGCUGAUAGGCACUUACGUAGAGGCAGGGGAGGGAGGCGAGGACUGACUUCUGGACUUCCUCUUGGAUCCCCACCCCUCACACGUCACACUAGUGACCAGAAUAGGGAGGCAGGGUUACACUGAAAUUGUUGGUUUCACCCCAGACGGAGCCUGUGCAGAUGUAGCAGGAAAGCAAGAACACCGACCAUCUCAGCCCGCAGCGUGCCACCUGCCGCGGGAGGGGCAGCCACGCUUGUAUUUUCAUGGUUAGAAAGGCACAAAAUUACUGACUUCACUAAAACAUUCCUUUUCUCUCUUUCGUCCUGAGUAUUGUGGAGUUUUCUAAUUCUCUUUUGGACUGUAGUUUUUGGGGUUUUUUUACACUUUGCAAUGUAAAAUAUUUAUUUUUUACUUACUCUGGAGAACCUAUCUGACAGACUUCAUGGAACAGGAAGAAGCGUAAGGACUAUCCACAUCAUCUUUGAGUCUUCAUGACUGUAAGAUUGUAAAUACAGAUUAUUUAUUAACUCUGUUCUACCUGGAACCUAGGUUUCGUACGGAAAGUGAGAGCAGGUAGUUGAGAUUCGUCAGCAAAUCUCACCAGAAGGGCACAAGGAAAAUCAGCACAGCAGGCUGCCCUUCACUUUGUGCUUAAGUGAUUGGGGAUUUUUUCUCCGCCUUUCCCAGUGGAAUGAGCUGGUUGUCCAUUUGCAAGUGUUUAAUCGGCACAGAAAGCCGCCAUGCCUUUGAUACUGUUGUACCCCGUCCCUUGUGCCUGUUCCAGGGAGAGAAAAGCAUCUACGCUUGUUUGUUUUUCAUUUUUCCAAAAGAAAAAAGUGACAAAGGUGAAACUUAUAUACAAAUAUUACCUCAUUUGUUGUGUGACUGAGAAGAAUUUUUGGCUCAAGCAGAAAGAGUUGAAGUGUCUAACAAACUGAAAGCUACUGUAGCACCUAAAUGAGUCAACGCUGUACAUAGUAUAGAAACUCUGCAGACAGCCUUCCCAGUAAGGAAAUAGCAUUGAAAUGUUAGAUACAUUUUCUGAAAGUUAUUUUUUUCUAUCAUCUUGUAUACCAUUGCUUUAUUUUUAUAAAUUAUUUUCUCAUUGCCAUUGGAAUAGAUAUCUCAGAUUGUGUAGAUAUGCUAUUUAAAUAAUUUAUCAAGAAAUACUGCCUGUAGAGUUAGUAUUUCUAUUUUUAUAAAAUGUUUGCACACUGAAUUGAAGAGUUGUUGGUUUUUGUUUUGUUUUUUGAUUUGGUUGCUUGCCCCCUCGCCCAGUUUUUACUAUUUGCCGAUACCUUUUUCUAGGAAUGUGCUUUUUUGUACAUUUUAUCCAUUUUCCAUUCUAAAGCAGUGUAAGUUGUAUAUUACUGUUUCUUAUGUACAAGGAAAAACAAUAAAUCAUAUGAAAAUUUAUAUUUA